UAAAUAUGUCAUUUCAGGUUAGUGGUGAUGAAGCCAAUAUAGUUGCAAUAGGGGAAGGAGGAGAGAGAAAAAGAAGGUGUUGGCCAUGUCAAAGAAACAAGGUUAAUAAUGCGGAGCCUAAAAAGUUAGGCUGGAUUCAAGGAGUGCUUAUACGCUGUUUACUGAAUAUAUGGGGCGUCAUGCUAUUUAUCCGACUUAGUUGGGUUGUGGGUCAGGCUGGUAUAGGGUUUUCCUCUGUGAUCAUUAUACUAUCCACUGUUGUAACUGUUGUCACCACGUUAUCCAUGUCAGCCAUUUGUACCAAUGGUGAAGUGAAAGGAGGAGGAGCUUAUUAUUUAAUCUCUCGUAGUUUGGGACCUGAAUUUGGAGGAGCUAUUGGUAUUAUAUUUUCACUGGCUAAUGCAGUAGCUGUUGGACUUUAUGUUGUUGGUUUUGCAGAAACACUGACUGAACUAUUAGUGAGACAUGAUGUUCCUAUACCAGGACUCUCAGAAAUAAACCACAUACGUAUGUUUGGGUUUUUUACUGCUAUAUUAUUGUUGGGUAUAGCAUUGAUUGGAUUAGAUUGGGAAUCAAAGAUUCAAAUAGUUUUGUUAGUUGUGUUGGUUGUGGCUCUUAUUGAUGCUGUGAUUGGUUCAUUCAUACCAAGAAGUUGUGAUCAUACUGUAACAUUACAAGGAUUUACUCAUUAUCGAUGGGGUACAUUUGUUGAAAACUUUUCUCCCGACUAUCACGACAACCAGAAUUUCUUUAGUGUCUUUUCUGUAUUCUUCCCAGCAGCUACCGGUAUACUUGCUGGAGCUAAUAUAUCAGGAAACCUAAAGGACCCACAAACUGCCAUACCCAAAGGAACAUUUACAGCUAUAUUCAUCAGCAGUGCUGUGUAUCUGGUAAUAGCAUGGAUGAUUGGAUUCACUGUUGUUAGAUUUGCCCCUGGCACCCCAACAUUAUACUUUGACAAGAUAGUUGAAACAGCAGCGACAUCAUCCUUUCAAUGUAGCUCAGGACUAGAUGAAUCUAGUUCUAAUUUCACCUAUUGCACGUCAUCUUUUUUUGAUUUGGGAACAGUAAAUGGUUUUAUGCAGAACUGUACGGAUUGUCUGAGUGUACCAUGUGAUUAUCAGGAUGGAAUC